AUCUCAUCUCUAUUUAUUUUCCGUAAUUCUUCUUUUUUCGUCUGGUUUCUUGAAUUCUUACACUUAAGUUACGCCCAAUUAUUUUCAGCCUGCCGGACGUCAAGUGCUCGCUCAAUUUAUAGUUCGUUUUAUCAUCGUCCUCCCGUGUUUUUCUUGCUCGCGGGAAAUGAUUGUUUGAGAUACAAUGAGGAAACGGACUCUGGGGGCAUGGGGGGUGGCGAUCUUUUGUUUCCUGGUGCUUAUGAUUGUGACUCCAGCCAUUCCUCAGUCCGAAGAAUACCACGAUUUCGCUGACAAGCGCGAGUUCUUCGGCAUACCUAACAUGCUGAAUGUGGUUUCAAAUUUCCCAUUCCUUGUUCUUGGUGUCGUAGGACUUGUACUUUGUCAUUAUGGGAACUAUUUUAGGCUGAGCUUGCAAGGUGAGGUUUGGGGUUGGACGUGUUUCUUCAUUGGUGUGGCUCUUGUAGGUUUUGGAUCAUCGUACUAUCAUCUCAAGCCAAAUGAUGCUCGUCUUGUGUGGGAUCGCUUACCGAUGACUAUUGCAUUCACGUCAAUUAUUGCUAUCUUUGUAAUUGAGAGAAUUGACGAGCAAAAGGGAACAGUUUCCAUCAUCCCUCUACUCAUGGCUGGUGUAAUAAGCAUUUUGUAUUGGAGGUUUUUUGAUGACCUCCGCCCGUAUGCAGUUGUCCAGUUUCUUCCUUGCAUUGCAAUUCCACUAAUGGCUAUCUUGUUGCCCCCUAUGUACACUCAUUCGACAUAUUGGCUUUGGGCAGCUGGAUUUUAUCUUUUGGCAAAGUUGGAAGAAGCAGAAGACAAAGUGAUUUACAAGUGGACUCAUCAUAUUGUUAGUGGACACACACUCAAACAUUUGUGUGCUGCCAUGAUUCCUGUCUUCUUGUCUCUCAUGCUUGCAAAGAGGACUAUUGAAACAGAGAGGCAAAGCUUGCUCAGAACAUGGCGGAUUUCAUGGGCCCAGGUUAAAGGUGAUGAGGUCAAGGUAGAGACUUAUACCUGUACAGAAGAAAAUGUUCCAAUUGUGGAAAUACGCUAAUGGAUAUGUAAUCUGUAGUCACUGGCCUGAUUGAGUGGAAAAUAUUGUAACCUUACCUACCAAAAUAAUAGAAACCUCGUAAAUGCAUUUUCCGGCACUUAGCACAAAAAAUUAAAAAUAAUAUGUACUUAAUGUUUCAUUA